AUGUCUGUAUGUUUGUGCAGCUUCCGGGCAUUGACGCGCUCCCGUACACCCUCCAAGUCGCUCGCGCCCUUCCUGUACCAGACAGCAACCAUCCAGCAACGCAAUCCCAUCUCGCGCCGCAACGCUUCCGAUUCAUCGCGUCGGAGCCGAUCCGAGCAUGAUGUACCCUUCGAAGGCGAGGAGCUUCCGCCUGUCAUUAACGAUGCCAAGGUGAACCGCAAGACAACGAUCACAGGCUCGGAGCGUGCCGCGUUCGAGAAGCUUUAUAAGAAGUUCAACAAUGCUGAACAGAAAGAAUUUGACGAACACGAAUUGGACCAGAUCGCCGACGAGUACUACGAGGAUGACGACGACAAUAGCAAAGACAGGUCUCCAGAGUCGAUAGACUCCAUCUUCGAUGCCGUGCUGUCGGGCAAGACUCCUAGGACGGAUACACAAUUUUCACCGGUUCGAGCACGUAGCAAGAAGUCGCGCACCGAUAUGGAGACCCUUGCCAGGGAAAUCCUUGCGCCUGAAGAAGAACACGAAAAGAGGAAAAAGAAGGAGGCGGCCGCACAGAAGCAAGUGCGCAUAAGGGAUCUACGCAACUCGGAGAAGGAUAGGGUGAAGGCAUUGCUCGAGGCCGCGCCGACCGACCAAGCGCUCUGGGCUGUCUUGGAGAAGGAGGUUUUCUCCGUGAUCCGGGGCAUGGACCUGGAGAACGGCUUCCUCGCUCGCAUUAACCCAAAGAGUCUCAAGUCCAACGUCCAGCGGGCGGCCGCUGGCCUCAAAUCCAGCGAGAUCUCCGCCUCAGACCCGACAAUCGUCUACCCAAACUACGGCUACCACCUCCUCACUGCGGCCCACACCUUGCGCUCCAAUUUUCCAGCGUCCCCCCUCAUGUUCAAUAUCCUACCCACCAUCAAGAGCCUAGGCCGCUCUUCCUACGCCCUUGGCGCUAACACUGCCCUAUACAAGGUCCUCAUUCGCACUGCCUUCCGCCAAAACCAUUCUUACGCCCAGGUCUGCUCGCUUCUGCAAGACAUGGACAACGGUGGCAUCGAGUACGACUACGGGGUGGCGAACCUCGUGGAUGAGAUGCUCGAUACGCAUCAUGCUGCGGAUAAGGGUCACUACGGGCGAGGCAUGCAGGCCAUGAUGCGGUUAGAGUUCUACGGGGAAGGAGCGGACAAACUGCGUGCAUGGCGGUCUGCUAUCAGGAGGCGUCUGGGCGACUUUGCCGAGGAGAAAAAGGAGAGGGGACAUUUGAUUAGGAAGACGGGAAGGAAGGACUUUUCGGCGCUGGGGCCGAGGGAUGAUGUCUUGAUUAAGACGGAGAAGGUUAGAGUGGGUGGGAAGAGGUUUGGAGCCGGUGUGCAUGACGACAUCCCGCUUGUGGACGGGGAAGUUCCUUUCGUGGAGGAGCGCUCGCGGCCUGAGGCUAUGGAGGAGAUGAGUCCGGAUGUGGAAAGCUUCCUGCGAGACACGGUCGAUGCGCCUGUCGAUGCGCCUGUCGAAGCACCCGUCGAAGCUACCGUGCCGUCCGUGGAAGAACAAAGCUCUGCCGAUGAGAAAGAAGCGCAGAAGCAGCGUAUGAAUGACACUGUAUAG